AUGAUGUUCCCAACUUUUGGCUAUGCAGCUAUAAACACGUCAAGUCCUUUGUCAAUAGGACAGACUCUGAGUUCACCUACUGGAUAUUUUGAGUUAGGCUUCUUCAGUCCUAAUAACAAUACUCGGAAUCAGUAUGUUGGGAUCUGGUUCAAGAGUAUUGUUCCUCGUGUAGUUGUGUGGGUGGCUAACAGAGAUACACCAGUUACAAACUCUGCGGCAAAUCUCACAAUCAGCAGGAAGGGGACUCUGAUCUUGCUUGAUGAGAAAGAAGAUGUUGUUUGGUCAACAGGAGAGACUUUCACAUCCAAGAAGUGUCAUGCAGAGCUUUUAGACACUGGAAAUCUUGUAGUUCUUGAUGACGUUUCAGGGAAAACUUUAUGGCAAAGCUUUGAGAAUCUUGGCAACACUUUGCUGCCUCAGUCAUCGUUGACGUAUGAUACUACUGCUCAUGGGAAGAAGCGUGUGUUGACUACAUGGAAAAGUGACAGCGAUCCAUCUCCUGGGGAGUUCUCACUGGAGAUCACGCCACAAGUCCCCUUGCAAGGCCUUAUAAGGAGAGGCUCACUGCCUUACUGGAGAACUGGUCCGUGGGCGAAGACAAGAUUCUGUGGGUUUCCACAGUUUGAUGAAUCAUAUGUAAGUCCAUUCGGCGUUGUGCAGGAUGUAGCAACCGGCACAGGAUCUUUCUCUUACUCCAUGUUGAGAAACUAUAAUCUUUCGUAUCUUACCCUAACAUCUGAGGGGCAAAUGAAGAUUUAUUGGGAUGACGGCAAAAGAUGGAUGCAUCACCUUACUCUUCCAGACAGCUUAUGUGACUUAUACGGUGCAUGUGGGCCUUAUGGUUUGUGUGUGAGAACCAGUACCCCGAAGUGCGUAUGCUUGAAAGGGUUUGUGCCAAAGUCAGACGAGGAGUGGAGAAAAGGGAACUGGACAAAUGGGUGUGUGAGACGUACAGAAUUAUCUUGCCAGGCGAAAUCUUAUACGAAAACACAAGGCAGAGACACUGACAUCUUCCAUCGUAUGACACAUGUAAGGACUCCGGAUCUGCACCAAUUUGUAAGCUUUGUCAAUGCAGAACAGUGCUACGAAGGUUGUUUAGGAAACUGUUCUUGCACAGCCUUUGCCUAUAUAAGUGGAAUUGGAUGCUUAGUAUGGAAUGGGGAGCUAGUAGACACGGUUCAAUUUAUGUCUAAUGGAGAGACUCUCUCCAUCCGUCUUGCAACUGAAAGCAGUCGAACGAAGAUUAUAGUAGGUACUACUGCUAGCCUUUCGAUCUUCGUGAUCAUGCUCGUUGCUGCAUUUGUGCUCUGGAGAUACAGAGCAAAAAAAAUGAACCAUGCAUGGAAGAAUGAUUUCGAACCACAAGAUAUCUCAGGCGUACAUUUCUUUAAGAUGCAUUCCUUGCGAACUGCCACCAAUAACUUCUGUUCCUCAAAUAAACUUGGCCAAGGUGGAUUUGGUCCAGUUUACAAGGGAAAGUUGCUAGACGGUUUGGAAAUAGCUGUUAAACGCCUUUCUAGUAGCUCUGGCCAGGGUACCGAAGAGUUCAUGAAUGAGAUAACACUAAUCUCGAAACUACAACAUAGAAACUUGGUUCGGCUGUUGGGAUACUGCAUUGAAGGAGAAGAGAAGCUGUUGAUUUAUGAGUUUAUGGUGAACAAAAGCCUUGAUAUAUUUCUCUUUGAUCCAUCUCUAAAGUUUGAGCUUGAUUGGCCAAAGAGAUUUGAUAUCAUUCAAGGCAUUGCGCGUGGACUUCUCUAUCUCCACCGUGACUCACGCCUAAGGGUCAUUCACCGAGACCUGAAGGUUAGCAAUAUUCUUCUGGACGAGAAGAUGACCCCAAAAAUAUCAGAUUUUGGAUUGGCUCGGAUGUUUCAGGGAACUCAAUAUCAGGACAACACUCUAAGGGUUGCAGGAACUCUAGGAUAUAUGUCUCCUGAGUAUGCUUGGGCAGGGUUGUUCUCUGAGAAGUCCGACAACUAUAGCUUCGGAGUACUGAUGUUGGAAAUCAUCAGCGGUAAGAAGAUUUCAUGGUUCAGCUUUGGCGAUGAGAGCAAAGGCCUUCUUGCAUAUGCAUGGGAAUCUUGGUGCAUGGACGGGGGAUCAAAUCUUCUGGAUAAAGAUCUUACUGAUUCAUGUAACCCACUCGAAGUUGCGAGAUGUGUUCAGAUUGGUCUUCUCUGUGUUCAACAUGAAGCUGCAGACAGACCCAACACUCUUCAAGUACUCUCUAUGAUUACUUCAACAACAGAUCUUCCAAUUCCAAAGCAGCCAAUAUUUGCAGCGCAAGCUCUAAAUGCUCAAACUCUAGACGAUGUGUCAAUGUCUAAAGAUCUUAUCUCUGUCAAUGAGUUAACACAAUCUGUAUUCCAUGGCCGAUAA